CUGAAUGGAUGUGACGAGAUCGAUGGAGUUGAUUCUGAACCAAUAUUUGAGACAGCGCCAAUGUUUAGAGACGAGAGAGAUGACAGCAAUCAAGCUGAAAAGCAGCUGGAGUUGCUGCGUAGCAGAAUUUUUGAAGCCGUUCGAGUAAUUAGGGAUAUGGAAGUGGAAGAAAAUGAUGAUAGUAAUCUCAUCAGCAUGGUUACCUCUCUUUCUGAAGAAUGCAGCGCUCUCCGACAGGAAGUCAGUUAUCUGAGAAAUGUUCGACAAGAAAAGAAGAGAGCAUGGAAUAAAUUGCAGUGCUUUAUCAUGGAUGCAGAGAGGAAACUGAAAGGGAGCACCAGCAUCAUCUGUGAUCUAAGAGACGUAAUAAGAGAGAUGAAUCAAAUGAUUUCGUCAAGUGAAACAUCUUCCCUUGAUGAAACAAUUAUGUACAUGUAUAACAACCAGCUUGAAAGAUUAGAGAAAGUAUCCAACCGACAUGAAAGCAUUUCUGAAAACGUAGCUUCAGGUGAAAGCAUUGCCUCAAACUGCAAUACUGCUGGGCAAAAUUACGAAGAUUUUGAGUGUGAGCAUAAAUCUGUUUCCACUCAAACUGUUUGCGUGUAUAUCGAUCAAAUAGCGGGAAAUUCUGAAUACUGUCAUGAAAAAUGUGAUAUUGGAGUACAAGCGGAAAAUGUGUUAGAAGCGUUUAGUAGUAAAACAUCAGAGAUGUUUGAGACGUUUCAAGAAAUAAGUCGAGAAAUUUAUGUUGUUCCAGAGGUAUCUGAAGAGAGUGAUUCUUGUUUAACAGGGUGCGAUGAAGGGAGCAGUUUAAAUGACUCCACAGAUAGGCUCAAUGUUCCUGAUAAUUUUAAUGAAUAUGAAGUGAGCUUCCCAUGUGAAACGGAUUCCGUUGAUCUAUCAGAUGACACGUUGCUUAAAGACAGCAAAAGUGAAAUUUUUAUUGAAUACUCUGAAAGUGAAAUAGCGGAUAUUGAUAGUCAGAGUGUAAAUGCACUUUAUGAAAGUCAAUGCGAAAUUGCCGUUGACGAUAGUAUGAGCGAAACUGCACCUUAUGAGUAUAAAUGUGAAAUUGCUGCUUUUGGUAGUAACAGUGAAUCGCCCAUUGAUGAUAGCAGAUGUGAAACUCUGCUAGAAGUCGAUAUAGAUAGAACAUCAUCAUGCAACAGUAACAGUAAAUCAACUGAAGGAAUUGAAAUAUCAGCAGAUGUGCAUUUACCUGCCAGCUUUUCAGAACUACUAUCUAAACACAAUUUUGGCCAUUUUGUGGUGCCAUUUAAUAUUUCCAAAAAGACUUCAAAAUUUUUUAACAUAUCUGAUAUUUUAUUUACUUAUAGUGAUAGUAAAUCUUGUAGAACGUUGCCAGGACAAACCUGUCGUGAAGUAUAUAGUUUAAGGGAUGCUGGUAUGAAUCCUUACACAUUUUUCACUCAAGAUAUAUCAUACAUAUUUAAUAGUAUAUUUUAUAAUAUGCUCAAAGACAAUGUAAAAUCUGUUGAAAUUUGUGAUGAAAAAAAUAACUGGAGCUGUAUUUUCCUGAACUCUAAAAAUUUUCCAUUAUCAUUAACUGCUUCUGACAAAUCAGCAAAAUGUUUACCUUACCAUUGUACAGAUACUCUUGAUGAUGAGCAAAAUGAUUUUUUGUUAAGUGAGAGGCGCGAUGUAGAGGGCGUUGGUAAUUUUGAGCCUGUUGAUGAAGUCAUUCCUCCAGCUGUCAGCGCAAAAUCAUCCAUUUUAUACUCAAUGCCAAACGUAGGGAAUGAUUAUUACGAAGCGGCUGAAGAUGACUUCGUAAAGGCUUUUUCAGAGGAUAUUUCCUGCCCAAAGGACAAGGAUGAAGACAGCAUCGAUUCCCAACAGUCUGUGGAAAAUAAUGGAGAUGAAAACAUCCCAGUUUCAAUAAGCAGCAGUGAAACUUCAUAUAAUUUGCAACGCAACGGUACAUUUGUACGGGAAAAUUAUGCACCAGCACGUCGUCAGGGUACGUUCAUAGUAGAAUCAGCCCAUGAAAAUCAGAUAAAUGAAGCUAAAGUUUGUGACUUAAAUUUAUGUUAUUCUGCAGUGGUCAGUGCUUUCGUUUUCAAUGAACCUCAAGAUAUGGAGAAAAAAUAUGUUUUGUAUGAAACAUGUAACUUUCCAGACACUUCGUCUGUGAGUGAUCUUCAGAUAUCAAGCCCAAUACCAGAAUCAAAUGCUGAAAGAAAAGUUUUAAUUGGCCAACAUUUUGUGCUUUGCGAAGAAGCAGUUAAUGUAGAUCACGUUCGGUCAGUUGCUCCAGAAAUAUCUUACCAUCUGCUACUUCUGAAAGCAAAAUCUGAUAUUGAUAAACAGCCUACUAUUGAACACACAGCUGAAAGUAGCUCGUUAAUUUACCCACUCUUGCCACAAUACUUACCGUCAGAUAAUUACAACUUAGACAAUUUUGAAUGCUUUUCUCCCGCACAUAGCUGUGAAAUUUAUUUGCCUAAUUCUAACUUUACACAAGGGCAGAAUGAUUCAGAAAACCCCCUAUUCAUCCCCAAAAUGUACAUAAAAUUUAAAACUUUAUUUUCUUCUGAAGCUAAUAAUUUUGGUUCGCAAGAAAAUAUGCUGAGUGAAAGAAUGUUAAGAAAUAAUUCAACAGUACCAGCUUCAUUAGCUUUCAAUACAAAUAACAGUUUAAACGAUCAUCGUACAACUAAUAAUUGCGAAGAAUUUACAAGAGAUGUUUUAAAUUCAAGGGAAUUUAGUGAUAUUUUUCCUGAAAGAAAAAGCGUCGAAAUUCAAACAGAUAAUAUAAUUGAUUUCUUAUUAAAUCAAGGGAAGGAAACUGAGAUUCAAACAGAGGAAGCAUAUGAGUCAACAACACAAGAAAUGGAUCAUAGAUUUCAAACGGAUGAGACAUUCGACAACUUAGACGCGCAAGAAAAAGGAUGUGGUCUUCAAGCAGAUGAUACAUUUGACACAUCAGCAACCCAAGAGAAAGAUUCUGGGCUUCAAACGUCUUUUGAAAAUGCUCCUGAAAGUAACGAUCAAGAAACAUCGUCAGAGGUGGAAAUAAUUGAGGAAAAUGUAACAUCUCAGCAGGAAGACUUUACCUAUGAUUCCCAUGAAACAACGGCAUAUGGAUCAACAGUAAACACACUUAAGGCAACUCAAGAGUACGCACUCAGGGAAAUCAGUUUACUGGAUGAAAUAGAGGCACUAAAGGACAAUUUACGACAACAAAAUGCUGUUCUACAAAGGCUUAAAGAAGAAUUAGAAGAUACUAAUACUAAACUGGCAGAGAAAGAACAGCAGUUAGAAAUUUCGCAAAACGAACAGAAAAGACUAAAUGAUAUGAGGGUGGAAACUGAAAAAGUGAAUAGAGAAAUCAAAAAAUGCCAAACUGAAUUUACACAAGUUAAGUAUGAAAACUUAGAGAAAGACAUCAGCUUGUUGAGACAAGAAAAUUUACGGCAGCGUGAGAAGCUUAAUCAGCAGAGCAAUACCAUACAAUCUGUUAAAAGUCAACUUUGUGCGACGAUUUCUCACUUAAAGCAUUUAAAAGAUACAGCAACAAAGCAAAUGAAAAGACAGAAGAAUCAAGUUCUUAAAUUAUAUAAGGCUAAACAACUGCUACAUGAUACAAAAAUUGCUUUAGAAAAGAAAUGCGAAGAAAUUGAAAAAAAGAAUGAAAUGCUCUCUGUUCAAGAAUUCCAGUUGCACGAAAUUCAAAUACGAUUAGAUUCCACAAUAGAAGAAAUGAAUAAAAGGUCUAAAGAAUCUCAGGUCCAAGUUGUAGUUGAAAAAUCGAAUUUUGCAACGCAAACGGACAGUUUGAUGAAAAGCUUCGACGAAAAGAAGGAGCUUUCAGAACCAUCCAAUGCACAAGUUGUCAUUUUGAAAAGACAUUCGGAAGAGUUACAUGAAAUUCAAUCGAAGCUUCAGCAUUUAGAAGCUAUAUUUUCCAACAAGAGAGAGCAGAAAGUUAGGAGUGAUGACACUCUGAAUAAAGCUAAUAUUGGAGCAAAAGUUUCUUCAACACUGAAAGAAGGGAACAUUUGGAAACUUUUAACAAUAAGUGAGCAAAGUUAUCUGAGUUUAAUGAAUAAACUCUCCGAGUCACUCCAGAUUGCAGACUUAAAAGGAUCAACAGCGCUGAUGCAUUCUUCUUGGCUAAACUGUGAUGAUUUGGCUGAUGCGAGACGACAGGAUCAUAAGAAAAUACUGCAAUGCUUAGAAAAACUAAAGAAAAAUAUUCGGUAUCUGCAAGAGACGUCUCAUCAGGAACAUAAAAGACAGAAUGUAGAAAGUAUAUCUUCAGAUGAAAAGAAACCAAGCUUCACGUGCCAUUCAGAUGAAAUGCAUUUUCAAUAUCUCUGUGAGGUCCUACAGAAAGCGCAAGAAAGUCUUAUGAAAGAAUACUCUCAAAGAAAAACUGCACAUCACAGAACAGUUAUUACUCCGGGUUCAGUAAAGACAAGCCGAUACAUAGGUUCACGUGAGAGAAAAGUGCCAUUAGAGUUGAAAAAUGGGAAAAUUUUAGCUCUUCUUGGUGACAAGCUUAGUCAUAAAGAGCUGCUGCCCAACAAACAUGAUUACCCCUCAAUGGAAACAAAAUCUGGCAAUACAUCAACGAAGUCCAAACCACUAUCUUGAAUCAUUUUUCGUUUUCAGCUUAAUGAACAUCUGUGAUUACCUAAGUAAAAGUGAGAUUAUGCAAUGAAAAAUAACUGCGCUCAUUUUUUAAAAAACAUCACAUUCACUUCAUUCAAAUAUUAGAACAUUGUUUACAAAACUAAUGAGCUUCAAAAAUUUUUCUCAUCUUGUCUUGAAAACUGAUCUAUUUAUGAAGAUGGUUUAUGAAAAUUAAUGAACAUUUUUGCUCUUAUGAAUUUGAUAUAAUUUAAUUCUCUGUAACCAUAUGGAAAUUCCUUAAAAAUCAGUCUUUUGGAUGAUAGGAUAGAAUACAGACCUUUUUCAGCGGAGAUAUGUUGAGAGAAUAUUCAUUCUAAUACCAAAAGUUAAUGUAAAACCUAUUUACUUUUAAAUAUGCAAUUUCAAGUAUACACUUUCAAAAGUACUCUAUUCAUUAUUUUUAAUAAAAGAUUAAUAAGUUACAAAAAUUAAAGGGGAUAUUUAAUGUAAUUCUUAAGCAAACCGAUCUGAUUAUUUGCGGAGACUUUCCAGAUUAAUGCAAUAUGAGUACAUUGCCAAUUUUAAUUUCAUAUUUAUCUUCAGUUCUGCAAUGAGGUUUUUGAUAGGAAUUUUGUAAUAAUAAUUAUAACAAAUAAUAAUAAUAAUUAUAAGUUAUUAAAUAAUAAUUAUAACAAUUCACUGAAUGAGAUUCUAAUCAUAUUUCGUGUAAUACUAUUUGUAUAGUAUAUGUAUUUACUGACAUAACUCAACAUUUGUUGAAUGCAGAAAUUUUCGUCGUUGUUAAUAUGAUCAGAAUAUUGCGAGUCUUCUGCUUGAAUAUCAGUAAUAUUAAAAACUGCCUAUCUCAUCGUUCAUAUUUGUGUAGUGUCAUGUAACUGAAAACACUUUUCAGCAGUAAACUUGAGUGCAUAUUAUUUUAUGCAUUCGAAAGCAUCAAGUAAACUUAGAAUUCAAACUCAGAAUUCAUGAAUUUUGGGCUAAAAUCUGAGUAACGGUUCAUUGUUCAUUAAUGACAGCAUGAAUGACUAUGAAUUGCUUUGUUAAAAUAUGAAUUCAAAAAUUUAAUAAAUUUUUUUAUGAAUAA